AUGAGACUAGUUGACAAUAUCUGGCAUUAUGUCCUCUUGGGUUUCUGUACUGCCGGUACCAUAAUUCUUCUUUUAGCAGACAGGCUCGAGAAGAGUGGCCUCUUUGGUAGCAAAAAUGAUGUUAUUGAUGAGGCUUGUGAGGGCGGACGUCGCUGGAUCACCUACAACAUUGUUACAGUCGCCCUGGCGACAUCGUGUGCGUUCUCACCCAGUAUCAUCUCUGAAACCAUCUACCUCAGCAGCAUUAAUUCCCUCUGUUUAUUUGCUGCGAGAACAGUCAGCCUGCUUCUGUGCAUCUGGGUAUGGCACAAGAUUUCUCAGCUGGGCCUAAACAAUAUGAUUGCUUUCAUGGCCUUUCGCUUUAACAACAAGUUAGCUUUGCUUCUAUACCAUGUAAACUCCAUCUUUGGCUUUACCUACAUCCUAUUUAUCUACAACGGUCCGCUACUUUAUAGCCAGCUAGAAUAUUUCAAACUGAAUGCGGACGGGUUUCUACUCUUCAUCGGUUUUACACUGUUGUGCAGUUUCGGCGGCAUGAGAGUCGCUUUGCCAUUGUGCUCUAUUCUCACUGUAAUGGAGAUCAGCGGGGGAAUCAUACUCCUUACAAGAACUACAAGAUUCAAUGAGACUACGAGAGAGAUUGAACGCAGCUGCUGCAACAGCCAUAAUCCCCUACACUUAUUUGGCACAGUCUUCCCUCUUCUCCUGACGGUACAGCCCCUGUACCAACUUUAUUACCGCAUUGGUUCUCAGCGGAGAGCAAUAACAGCCAUGCUCAUGGGGUAUUGCACUUUUUCGCUAAAGUUCCUCCUCGCCUUCUUUGCGGCACGAAACAUUCAAACACACAGGAAAGGCCUGGACAUCCCGAUCAGUAAGGAUUUUCAUGCGAACUUCCUCAACACCAGAGAAUACAACAUAAAUCUACAGAGCGAGGGCAUCCCUCAAAACGGAACCUCAGACCGUCCAAUCCGAUGCAGCACUCGUGGUGAGCUAGGAAAUUUUAUGCUCAAUUGCCUCGUCUAUGGUCCCAUGGCCGCGUUCUACAGUCUGCGACUAUGCCAACUCGUAGGAGAACUGAGUGAAAAAUUCACCUCGCGCAUCCAGUCAACUAAGCUAACAGGAGAGGAGAUACAGCAUGCCUAUUGCUCUCUCUAUAGUCUCGUGACUUGUUUCGUAUUUGCGAGCCUGCUCAAUGCAGAUAGAAACAUCCUGAUGCCUGAGUACCGCCAUACCUCCCUAUAUGUUCCGCAUACUACAAACUUCUUUAUGCUGGGCGUCACAACGAUGGUUGUGUUCGGAGCAGUGGUACCCCACGUGCAACUCAUUCAUAUACUAUCGGCAUGGAUUCUAACUACCAUAAUUACCGCCGUACCGAUGUGCACGAUCCUCUGGAGUGGGUACAGUGCUACGCUAAAUGAGGCGCUGGUUGAUUGGGAGACACACUUUGACGAUAUCUGGCUAUGUUUGGGGGUCUGGACUAACUCCGGAUCUUUUCUUAUCAAUACCUUUAUUGUUACACUACUAGCGUGCCUUUACAAGAGAAGAGGAAUAAUUUCACGGAAAACAUUUACCAGCCCCAAAGUGCCAACCAGCCUCCUCCAAGCCUUUAACAAACCAACCACUCACACAAAACAACUCAAUAUUUAA